CACACACACUGCCUCUGUCUCUUUCAAAUUUACCCUAAACCAAAACAUCUCUGUUACAACUUUCGUUGCCUUCUUUCUCCUGUAGCAGCAGAAGCAAGGUUUAUUACUCCUACUUCUGCAUAUAUUCAAGGUCUUUUUGACACUAAAUUACACCCACUCAUACACUGAUACACCCGUACACUACACACAUUCAAAAAUACCCUUUUUUUUGGUUAGAAAAUAAAGAAAAGAAGAAUCCGGGGCAACGUUUGUCUGUUUUCUAGUUUUUCCUCCCCAAUUAGCCCAAUUACGGUUCUUUUUUUAUUUUUUCUCGAAAAAUUAGGGUUCUUCUUAGUUCCUACUUAUUGUUUUAUUUUCAACUCCCUUUUUGGGUUUUAUCCGACUAAUACUAUUCAAUUUGGGGUGAAGACAUCUGGAAAUUUUAUUGGGGGUGUGAAAAGGCAUGAGCUUGGAGACUGUAUAGAAAACAAGAAACCCAGAGAUGAUUGCAGAAAAACCCAGUUGGAUUAAGCAUGAGGGCAUGCAAAUUUUCUCCAUUGAUAUUCAGCCUGGUGGCCUCAGGUUUGCCACUGGUGGUGGUGACCACAAGGUUCGCAUUUGGAACAUGAAGUGUGUCGGCAGGGACAUGGAGACGGAUGAAUCUAUCCCCAAACUUCUUGCCACUUUGCGUGACCAUUUUGGGUCAGUCAACUGUGUUAGGUGGGCUAAGCAUGGAAGGUAUGUUGCUUCUGGGUCUGAUGACCAGGUAAUCCUUAUCCAUGAGAGGAAGCCUGGCUCAGGGACCACAGAAUUCGGUAGUGGAGAGCCACCUGAUAUUGAGAAUUGGAAAGUUGCCAUGACAUUAAGAGGACACACUGCAGAUGUGGUGGAUCUUAAUUGGUCUCCAGAUGACUCAACAUUGGCUAGUGGGAGCCUGGAUAACACAAUUCAUAUCUGGAGCAUGACUAAUGGCAUCUGCACUGCUGUUCUUAGGGGUCAUUCUAGUCUGGUCAAAGGUGUUACCUGGGAUCCCAUUGGUUCCUUCAUUGCAAGUCAGUCAGAUGAUAAGACUGUCGUUAUUUGGCGCACUACUGACUGGAGCCUUGCUCAUAGAACUGAAGGGCACUGGGCCAAAUCUCUUGGAUCUACCUUCUUUAGGCGGCUUGGAUGGUCACCUUGCGGCCAUUUUAUAACUACCACUCAUGGUUUUCAAAAGCCUAGGCAUUCUGCUCCUGUUCUAGAGAGAGGGGAAUGGUCUGCCACUUUUGAUUUCUUAGGACACAAUGCUCCUGUUAUCGUAGUGAAAUUCAAUCACUCAAUGUUUCGGAGGAAUGCCUCUAAUGCUCAGGAAAUGAAAUCUGCAUCUCCUGGGUGGACCAACGGUUCAUCAAAGACUGGAGGAAAAGAUUCACAACCAUACAAUGUUAUUGCCAUAGGAAGUCAGGACCGUACUAUAACUGUGUGGACUACAGCGAGUCCUCGCCCUCUUUUUGUUGCUAAACAUUUCUUUUCUCAAAGUGUUGUGGAUUUAUCUUGGAGCCCUGAUGGGUAUUCAUUGUUUGCAUGCUCUUUGGAUGGAACAGUAGGCACUUUUCACUUCGAUGCAAAUGAACUAGGUACUCGGCUAUCUGAUACUGAACUUGAUGAUUUAAAAAAGAGUCGCUAUGGUGAUGUUAGAGGCCGACAGACAAACUUAGUAGAAAGUCCUGCUCAAUUAUUGCUUGAAGCAGCAUCUGCAAAGCAAACACCCGUGAAGAAAACAUCAGAAAAUGUUUCACUAAAUCAAGCAUCUUCAAAAGCACCUGCUGAUUCAGUGACUGCAGUGAAAGUUCCCAAAUCUAAAGUUGAUAAUGGGAAGAAAAUUGAAGGAGUUACCAGUGAUGGGGUAAAUAAAGAUGCUCCAUCUUCUCGCUUGUCAAGUCCUGUGAAGCAAAGAGAAUAUAGACGGCCAGAUGGCCGAAAGAGGAUAAUCCCCGAAGCAGUUGGGGUGCCUAUACUGCAAGAUAACAUGACGGGUGCUGUCCAGACUCUAGGCCCUGGAUUCACAAACAAUUCUGUAGAUGGUGAGAAUGGUGAUAACGGAGUAAUUCAUAAUGAUACUGGUUUCAGAGAAGGACCUAACAGGAGAACAGUAGGUGGGAGUGCUGACCUAAAAGAACGAUCAGGUGUCACCGCUAGAGCUACUGUGAGCGAGAGCCUAGUCAUAGAGAAGGUCCCAGUCUCUGCAGGUAAAGAUGGGAGUGUUUGCAUAGAACAUACUGGGGCUGUUAAGGACACAUGUUCAUUGGCUUCUAGUGGUACUCUUUCAAUUAGGGUUUGCGAUAAGAAAGGGGAAGAUAUAAUUCCAUUUUGCUUGGAGGCUCGUCCCAGAGAACAUACUGUAAAUGAUGUUCUAGGUGUAGGAAAUACUUUUGUAAUGAAAGAUACUGAACUAAUAUGCAUGAAGGGGAUGCAAACAUUUUGGUCUGAUAAGAUUUCUGGAAAAGUUACGGUUUUAGCCGGAAAUGCCAACUUUUGGGCUGUAGGUAGUGAAGAUGGCUCUCUUCAGAUAUACACCAAGUGCGGGAGACGCUCAAUGCCAACGAUGAUGUUAGGUUCUGGUGCAGUAUUUAUCGAUUGCGAUGAAUCUUGGAAGUUGUUACUAGUCACAAGGAAGGGGUCAUUGUACCUGUGGGAUUUGUUCACGAGAAAAUGCCUCCUUAAUGAUUCGUUGGCUUCUUUAGUGACUUUAGAUCCCAAGUCAAAUACAAGUACGAUCAAAGUUAUAUCAGUGAAGUUAUCGAAGUCUGGGUCCCCUCUCGUGGUUUUGGCCACACGGCAUGCAUAUCUCUUCGAUAUGAACCUCAUGUGCUGGUUGAGAGUUGCGGAUGAUUGUUUUCCUGCUUCAAAUUUUGCAAGCUCCUGGAAUUUGGGUUCGUUUCAUGGCGGUGAACUGGCUGCCUUGCAAGUAGAUGUCAGGAAGUUCCUGGCCAGAAGACCGGGUUGGAGCAGAGUGACUGAUGAUGGAGUGCAGACACGUGCUCAUUUGGAAUCUCAGUUGGCGUCGGCUCUUGCUUUGGAAUCCCCAAAAGAAUAUCGCCAAUGCCUUUUAUCUUACAUUCGCUUCCUAGCAAGAGAGGCAGAUGAAUCUAGACUGAGAGAAGUGUGCGAGAGUUUUCUUGGGCCUCCGAUUGGAAUGGCUGAGGCAUCGACUUCUAGUACAGAGAAACCUGCAUGGGAACCUUGUGUCCUCGGUAUGAAAAAGCACAAGCUUCUGAGAGAAGAUAUACUUCCUGCGAUGGCAUCGAACCGAAAAGUGCAGCGGUUGCUCAACGAGUUUAUGGAACUUCUUUCGGAAUAUGAUUUAAGUGAAACUAACCUCGGACAGAAUACUGUUCCAACCGCUGAUAAAAUGGAUACUGAUCUGGCCGGAGCAGAGAAUAAUAAACCUUCUUCCGCAGCAGUAACCAAUCAAGAGAACGCAGAAACCCCAGCAGCAGCAGCAGUAGCAGUAGACCAAAUGGAUAUAGCGUUGGAAACAGCCGAUCCAGCGACAGAACCGGUGGACUCUGCAAUCCAAGAAACUACCAACGAAGAGGCGAUACCCCAAAGCAACGAAAUGAAUUUGGACCCCCCGCCUCCAUCUGAUCAGCCGAAUCCAUGUCCACCUGCACCAGAGGAUAAAGGCUCCUGAUGAUCCAUCUCCUUUCCUCAUCUGACGAGAUACUCAAUAACUAGCACUAACACAGUCGCUGACUCUUUGCUGCUGAUGCUACUACUACGGGUGUACCCCCACUCUCUCUGCCUCUGCAGCUAGCUGCUGGUUCAAUCGAGAUUCCUUGCACAGGUGCUGCUCCUCGCGUUCUAUGAAUUCUCGUGAUUCAACGGAUGGGGUAUGUAACAAAAUCUCUCUCAUUUGGAAGCAGUAAAAGUUUUUUUUUGUUUUUUUUUUUCCUUAGUUUUUGGCAGUUAUAGUUUAACUCAAACCUAGCAUCAGCAUACUUAAUUUGAGUGUACUUUGAAGAUUAUAUUUACAAUUAGCUGUAACUGUAGAGUAGUAAAAAAGGGGUGUUUAUCAGAGUUUGGUGUAAAGGGUUAAUGUAUGAUCUUUUGCCCCUUCUGCUUUCUUUUUGGAAACACAAAUCUUCAAAUCAAUCCUAAUUGAUACAGUCAUACAGUGAAUGUCACUCUUCAUUC